AUGGGGCGUUCCAAGACCUUAGUCGUCCUGCUCGCGCUCUCACUGCUCGUAUCCCUCGCGCUGGUGCCAUGCCGCGCGGAUGAGAUGGUCACUGAAGACGACGUAGACGAUGACGUGUCGGACGUCGCCGAUAUCGCAGACGCGUCGCCUUCGGGUGUCGUGAGGGCGCUGUUGGGCGCGAGCAGGCGGUUCCUGUGGUCGAGCGAGAUGCACCGCAUGCUGUCGUGCAAGUCGGACUGCGAGGAUAAGAACAAGGAGUGCAACACGGAUUACAGCGAGUGCAAGCGCGAGAACAAGGACGACGAGCACAAACACCACAAGUGCUCGCACACGUACAAGAAGUGCAAGAAAAAGGCCAAGAAGUGCCGCUCCAAGUGCGACUAG